AUGUUCUUAUGGGUGUUAGCCCUCCUAGUCCUUUGUGUGAUUCUAUGGAGCUAUACUAGUAAAAGACAACCAAAGAUUGAAGACAUCACUGAUAAGUAUAUUUUCAUUACGGGGUGUGACUCGGGCUUUGGGAACUUGGCGGCCAGGACUUUUGAUAAAAAAGGAUUUCGUGUGAUUGCUACCUGUCUGACUGAAGCGGGAUCAACAGCGUUAAAGGCGGAAACCUCCGAGAGGCUUCACACUGUACUUCUGGACGUGACUGACCCAGAGAAUGUCAAGAAGACCGCCCAGUGGGUGAAACACCACGUUGGGGAAAAAGGGCUCUGGGGUCUGAUCAAUAAUGCUGGUGUUGUUGGCGUGCUGGCUCCAACCGACUGGCUGACAGUGAAGGACUACAGAGAACCCAUAGAAGUGAACCUGUUCGGACUCAUCGACGUGACCUUAAAUAUGCUUCCCUUGAUCAAGAAAGCUCGAGGAAGGGUCAUCAAUGUCUCUAGCGUCGGGGGGCGUCUUGCAAUUAGUGGAGGAGGCUAUACACUAUCCAAAUACGGAGUAGAAGCCUUCAGUGACUGCUUAAGGCGGGACAUGAAAGCUUUUGGUGUGCACGUUUCUUGCAUCGAACCGGGAUUAUUCAAAACAGGAUUAUCAGAUCCAGUAAAGACUGCUGAGAAGAAAUUUGCUAUUUGGAAGGACCUGUCUCCAGAUAUCAAACACCAAUAUGGAGAAGGUUACAUUGAAAAAUAUAUGGACAAACUGAAGGACACAGUGUCCUUCGUGAACGUGGACCUCUCUCUAGUGGUGGAGUGCAUGGACCAUGCUCUCACAAGUCUCUUCCCUAAGACCCGUUAUGCUGCUGGAAAAGAUGCCAAGAUUUUCUGGAUACCUCUGUCUCACAUGCCAGCAGUGUUGCAAGACUUUUUAUUGUUGAAACAGAAAGUAAAGCUGGCUAAUCCCAAGGCAGUGUGA